AUGCUUGUGGUCGUGCGGCUGGUCCUGCGGCUGGUCAUGCUGAGGGUUAUGCCAGUAGUCGUGCUGGUGGUCGUCCAGGUGGUCGUGCGGCUGCUCGUCCUGGGAGUUGUGCCAGUGGUCGUGCUGGUGGUGGUGCUGGUGAUCGUAUUGGUGGCUGGCUGGGGGCAGGUGAGGGCCGUGAUGCACCACCCCGCCAUUUUGAUGUGGCUCGUUGGCAACGAGUGGAACUACAAUGGCUUGUACUACGGCCUGCCCUUCGAGGAAACGUUGGCCAAGGUCUCCAAGGUCGUCGAUAUCAUCAAGGAGGUGGACCAAGGCCACCCCGUGGCCACCGUGCACGGGGAGCUGCCCAGUGCAGACACCCUGAAGGCAUUGUCGAGCGUCGACAUCUGGGGCGUCAACAAAUACAGCGGCCUCACGUUUGGAGACCUCUUCGACACUUGGUCGCGGGUUUCUGAGUUGCCCAUGUUCCUUGGCGAGUACGGCGCCGACGCGUACGACGCGCGCGCUGGACAGCCGAACGAGGCGGCGCAGGCAGAAGCCACCUCGGCGCUCUCGGCGGAGCUCCUGAGCGCCAGCAGCGCAGCCAAUCGCGGCCCGUGCAUCGGCGGCGCGGUGUUCGAGCUCGCAGACGAAUGGUGGAAGGCAGCCCCGCGUUUGCAGGUUGCACCGUGCAGCAAGAUGAUUUCCACAAAUUCGUUGGCGUGUGCAGAAGGCUUGCAACUUAGCAGAGGUGCCCUCAGAAAGGGAUCAUCCCAUGUGAUGAUCCCCAGAAGCGAUGACCAGACCCCUCUGAAGAUUUUGUCGGCGAUGGGAAUUCGCGCAUGCGCGUCGUGCCGUCGGGCGCGUCAUUCGUGUCGGG